UCUUAUACAACGCCACACCGCGGCACUUGUCGCUUUCUUGUCGCUCUGCAUUUAUCAUCAUACUUGUCUAUUUAAAUCUCCUGUCAAUCCUGCAUUGAGGCUGGUUUAUAUGUUUUCUACCCCAUCUUUCACUAGUGUCUUACACAGACUAUCAUGGCAGCCGCGCCAGAUAUCGAUCCAUACGAAGUGUUGGGGGUGGCAAGGGAUGCAGCCUUGUCGGAUAUCAAAUCUGCUCAUCGCAAACUUGUGUUGAAAUGUCACCCCGAUAAGAUCAAAGAUGAGUCGCUGAGAAGCAAGGCUCAGGAUGAAUUUCAGAAGGUGCAGCAGGCUUACGAGACGCUUUCGGAUGAGACGAGAAGGGCCAAGUACGAUGCGAAAGCUCGGCUGGCUGAGCUGCGUCGCCAAAUGCACGAACAAGGCGUACCGGUCAAUGGUACCUCGGCCUAUGCCACCCCGCGCGCCAGCGCCCCUCGCGAGUAUCGCAACGGACGGUACUACGAGGAGAGGACGCCGGCUGAUGCAGCCACCUAUUCCGAUGACGACCUCCAAUUCUCCGAAGAGUCGCGCUCAACGUCCCGAAAAUACGAUGAGUAUAAGAAACGAUACUCCUCCAAACCCCCGAGCGAGAAGAAGAAGAGCAAGAGUGAUGGCCCUAGUACUCGUGCGGCGAGGGAUAUGGCUCGCGACAAUUCGAGGACGACCCACAGCAGUCGAGCCAAAUAUCGUACCAGGGAACGACAACGGGAUGCCUACGAGAAGUAUGAGCGGGCCGUUCCGUACAGCGACUCCGAAGACGAUGGCGGCGCAUCUGACUCCAGCGCCUCGUCCACGGUUUAUGUGAAAAUUAAGCGCCCCUCGGAAAGGCGCAACCGGGAGGCCUCUUCUCGAAAGUCCCGACCGGCGGAUCUCCCGCGCCGGCACACUUCGACCCGCUACGACGACGAGUACACCGAUGAAUAUGAGUCGAGGCAUGAGUCGAAGCAUGACAAGCUACACACCACCGCUAAAGAUUACAUUGAACGCUCCAAGGGAUCCGUUCCGAUCGAAAUCGACAGACGUCCGCAAACCUCCCGCUCGCCCCCGCGCAAUCAUGGCUAUGAAUCCGCCGAUCCAGAGUCUUCCUCGUCACGACACUCGGGCCGCACAAAACGACCGAGCAAGGAAAGUGUUCGGACCAGUAGUUCUCGCAAUGGAUCAUAUGAGAAGCUCGGGUCCCAGGCCCGAUCCUACGAAGUCAAGGUACCUAGCAUGCCAACUGCGGCAACUUCACCGUCAGUGAAGAUUCCGUCUUCUGUCCGGCCGUCCCUUCAGCCCUCGCGCUCUGCGAGCGCUGCGCAAACCCAUUCCCGCCCCAGGGGAAUGAGCCGCGAAAAUCCACUGCAUAACAUGGUUCAUGAGGCGAGUCGGACCGCGAAACUGCGAACGGACAAGUACGAUUCAGGCUACUCGAGUCCGGGCACGCCAGAGAUGGCAACCGGCGAGAGUCCGCCCAAGUCGACUCGCUACAAGAUUGUGACGGAACCGGACACCGUGCUCAGAGAACCCAGCAUACCGCUACCCCAGAAGUCCCCCAGAUACGCAAGGGGGGGUUCACCGCCACGUCAAGAACGCCCUAUGCCGAAGCCUCCCGUUCGGAGUAGCACCUACACCUACCCCACAGAACACAUGCGCUAUGAGUCUGCUGCUCGUCCCAGUGUGUCCCGACACUCCUCAAGCCGGCCUGUGUAUGGCGAGGUUCGCUCGCCCAAAGACAAAGAGUACAGGUAUGCGCGAGAGGUGGGGCCAGAUUACAUCGCACCCCGCGAGGCUUACAUGCGACAGCCAUACGGGGAGUACCCGGUUCCGCCCCCUGAACGGCGGCAAUCCACAUAUGCUGGAUGAGCGUCAAUGAUGACUUGAGAAGUCAGGUCUACAGUUGCUGCAACAGCAAGCCACCCUCUUACCCUCACACCCUCCCCGCUCUAGAAGCUCAUUUUCUUCUCCGAUAGUCUCUGAGCACCCGCAUGUCUUGACGUCUUUCAUGUCUGACCAUUAGACGUCAAUACAUGCCACGGCCUCCCAGCUAUCACUGUUUUGCGUAUACGGUCCAUGUUCGAUGAGUACCAUGUCAUAAUUUUGUC